ACAAUUGUCCUUUCCCACCAAUACAGUCAUCCAGUCGGCCAGUAGGGGAGAGUCAUUGCCUCAGCGUGGUUGCAUCGCCACUUUGCGCUUCCAAGAAGGAGCUCGACUCUAACCAUGAGACAGCAGCACACUGUACACUGCAAUGGGACGCUGUCAUGUCGCCGACCCGGCGAGCAAUCACGCCCAAAGGAUAAAAGAAAAAGAGGCGGAUCUGGGGAGGAGAAAGGAAACGCUCAGAUCUGCGAUUCUUCAGCGCUCACUGCUUUAGUCUCCACUUCAGCUGUAUCUAGUACGAUGAUGCCGGCAAAUGUUUCUGACAUCGCUGAGAACAAGGCGGCCGUGUCUCUGCUUGAAGCCGCCCGCAGCCGCUAUGAGAGCCUGCAGAUCUCCGAUGACCUUUUCGGGGAAUCCGAGGACAGCAGCGGUAAUCCGUUCUACAGCACAUCCCCGGAAUCUUCCGCUGAAGUCAGCUCGUCCGAGGAGGAUGAUGCGGCAGAAAAGCCGGCAAGCUGUGAACAAGGCGAUCAGCCUGAACUGUCAGAUGUGCACAAUCACCUCAGGCCCAAAGCCGUUAGGCUGAGUGUUGGCCACGGAAAGGACAAGAGGAGGAAAUGCAAAGCUGAAGACUCCGGCCUUUAUAGUGAUCAGGUGCAGGAAGGUGAAAGGGGAGGUGUGUGUGAUGCUGCCUGCCAGAGGAAGCCCGAGGAUGAUCUGGAUGAUGGGGAUGGUUGGUCCUCCACCCUUCAGCAUGUAACCACCCCUAGCUUUAAGGAGACUACUGGUCCAGGCAGGCAUUAUCAAUCACAGAGCAGGGACCAGCACAGAAGCAGAGGGCCUACCUGUAUAAUGCCAUCCAUUUCCAGUGCAAUUGAUUUUUUUCAACUGUUUGUCCCUGACAACGUGAUAAAAAACAUGGUGACACAGACUAAUAUGUAUGCUAAGAAGUUCCAAGAAAGAUUUGGUUGUGAUGAUGCAUGGGUGGAUGUUACUCUUGCUGAGAUGAAAGCAUUUCUGGGAUACAUGAUAUCAACUAGUACCCAUCAUUGUGAAUCUGUGCUCAGCAUAUGGAGUGGUGGAUUCUAUAGCAACAAAAGCAUAUCACUUGUUAUGACACAAUCACGAUUUGAGAAGAUUCUCAAAUUCUUCCAUAUUGUUGCUUUUCGCUCCAGCCAAACAAUCCAUGGACUCUACAAGGUUCAACCAUUCCUUAACUCUUUACAGAAUGGCUUUGAUUCAUACUUCAGACCAUCACAAACACAGGUGCUUCAUGAACCAUUAAUAGAUGAAGAUCCAGCAUUUAUUGCUUCUUGUACAGAGCGCGAUUUACGGAAAAGAAAGAAGAGAAAAUUCACACUAUGGGUGAGACAGUGUUCUUCCACAGGAUUCAUUUGUCAGAUGUUUGUUCAUUUGAAGGAAGGAAGUGGCACAGAUAGCCUUGACACUUUGAAAAACAAGCCACAACUGCACAGCAUAGUUGCUAAGAACUUGUGCCAGAAUUCAUGUGGAAAAAAUUACAUAAUAUUUACAGGUCCAAGCAUCACAAGCUUGAAUUUAUUUGAAGAAUUUGAAAAACAAGAUAUCUACUGCUGUGGGUUGCUGAGCUCCCGCAAAAGUGACUGCACUGGAUUACCGCUAUCAAUGAUGAGUAACACAGAAAUACCACUGUCCCGGGGACAAUAUAAAAUCAGGAUGAAGGGAAAUAUGUCCCUUAUUUGCUGGUACAAUAAAGGGCACUUUCGUUUUUUAAGUAAUGCAUUCUCGCCUUUUCAGCAAGGGGUCAUUAUAAAAAAAAAAGGUGUUGAAAUCCCAUGUCCAUUGGCAGUUGAAGCUUUUGCUGCUCACCUCAGCUACAUAUGUAAAUAUGAUGACAAGUAUAGCAAGUACUUUAUUUCACACAAACCAAAUAAAACCUGGCAACAAGUAUUUUGGUAUUCCUUAAGCAUUGCAAUAAAUAAUGCAUACAUCCUCUACAAAAUGUCUGAUGCCUACCAUGUUAAACGUUAUACCCGUGCUCAUUUUGGCGAUAGACUUGUUCGAGAGUUGCUUGGGUUGGAGGAAACUUCACCUCAGGAUUAAUUACUUCAGUUUUAGAGGUGUUUGAAGCAGAACCUGAAGUCACUGCUUUGAACUGCCAGGAAUAAAUGUGUAAAUUAGAAAAAUCUAUAAAUGUUAUUACGUUAAUUCUUUUGGCAGGACUAUAAACUACACCAAAUGAAUAAACAUUUCUUUCUAUAUUUUGUAGUAAUUGAAAUAUAGUCUGAAUUUAAAAUUGUACCACCUACCAUGGUGCUCCCAUGAUGUCACUGCUGCAUGCAAACUAAACCACCUCCACAUGUGGUAGCAAGUGGCUACACAACUUUGCUGGUAGUACUGCAGUUUUACCCCCCCCCCCCCCCCCCCAAAAAAAAAUAAAAAAUGAGCAGCCAUUGGCCAAGUAGGCAUGGGUGUGUUCACAUGCAGAUCCUAACAGAAAUUAUUUUAGAUACAUUCACUUGUCUUUAAUUUAGAUUAAAAUGUAUAACAUUUCAAACAAUGAAACAAUGUCCUUGACAAUUUUCUUAAUCAUGUUUCACAUAACAUUCCCUUGUUUGCUUUAAAACUAUGCUGUUUGACAAUUGGUAUUUUACUAUAUUGUUUAAUUCUUUUUACUACUGACAAAGAGAAAACAAGUGUGUGUUUUGUAAUUGCUAUUCUAAAUAUGGAAUAUAGUGUCUUAAAGUGAUUUGCCAAUCAUGGCCUAUGUAUUUUUCAUUUGAUAGCCGACAGUAACUUGGUUGUUAUAAAAUAAAGGUCCUGAACAAAUAAAA